UUCCUAAUGUGAGAAGGUAGGCCCAGAUCAUGGAGGUGCUACAGUGUGAUGGCUGUGACUUCAGAGCCCCAUCUUACGAAGAUCUCAAGGCGCACAUUCAGGAUGUCCACACGGCAUUUCUGCAGCCAACUGAUGUUGCUGAAGACAAUGCUAAUGAGCCACGAUCCGGGUCCAUGAAUGCCAGUAAUCAGACAGAGGUGGAGUAUUCUUCUAUAAAGGACGAAUUUGUGAUCGCAGAGGAUUUAUCAGGUCAAAAUGCAACUGCAUUGGGGACCGGAAGCUACUAUGGCCACAGUCCAGGAUAUUACGGUCAGCAUAUUGCCCCUAAUCCCAAACCAACAAACAAGUUUUUUCAAUGCAAGUUCUGCGUACGCUACUUCAGGUCGAAAAACCUCCUCAUUGAACACACAAGGAAGGUCCACGGAGCUCAAGCUGAAGGGAGUUCGGCGGGCCCCCCUGUUCCAGGAUCCUUAAAUUAUAAUAUCAUGAUGCACGAGGGAUUUGGAAAGGUCUUCUCUUGCCAGUUUUGCACAUACAAGUCACCUAGGAGGGCGAGAAUAAUUAAGCAUCAGAAGAUGUAUCACAAAAACAAUUUGAAGGAGACCACUGCUCCCCUCCCUGCCCCUGCUCCGAUACCAGACCCCGUGGUCCCACCUGUGUCCCUGCAGGACCCCUGCAAGGAACUGCCAGCAGAGGUUGUGGAGCGCAGCAUCCUAGAGUCCAUGGUCAAGCCUUUGACCAAGUCUCGAGGCAACUUUUGCUGUGAGUGGUGCAGCUACCAGACCCCCCGCCGAGAACGCUGGUGUGACCACAUGAUGAAGAAGCAUCGAAGCAUGGUCAAGAUCCUUUCCAGCCUCCGACAGCAGCAAGAAGGGACUAACCUCCCUGACGUGCAGAACAAAAACGCCCCCAGCCCCACUUCCAAUUCCACCUAUCUGUCCAUGAAUGCUGCAAGCCGGGAGCUGCCCAGCGCUAAUGUCUCCAACUUCCGGGGCUCCAUCAGUAACUCCAUCAUGAGACCCAAUUCUUCAUCUGCUUCCAAGUUUCCGCCUGUGUCUUACCCUCAGAUGAAGCCGAAGUCCCCUCACAACUCUGGCCUCGUUAACUUGGCGGAGAGAUCGCGUUAUGGAAUGGCUGACAUGACCAAUUCCUCUGCUGACCUGGAGACUAACAGCAUGCUGAAUGACUCCAGUUCUGAUGAAGAGCUGAAUGAGCUAGACAGCGAGAAUGGCUUGAAUGCUAUGGAUCACCAGACAUCGGGCUUGUCUGCAGAGCAGCUGAUGGGCUCGGACGGCAACAAGUUGCUGGAGACCAAGGGCAUUCCGUUUAGAAGGUUCAUGAAUAGGUUCCAGUGCCCCUUUUGUCCUUUCCUCACUAUGCAUCGACGUAGCAUCUCCCGCCACAUAGAAAACAUCCACUUGUCCGGAAAGACUGCCGUCUACAAAUGUGACGAAUGUCCGUUUACUUGCAAGAGCUCGUUAAAGCUCGGGGCUCACAAACAGUGUCACACGGGUACGGCGUCAGAUUGGGAUGCUGUGAAUUCCCAGAGCGAAAGCCUCGCUUCUCCACUGACCGAAGGGGUCGUGUCUUACGAGGGCUCAAGCAUCAAUGGCAGAAAGUCAGGAGUCCUGCUGGAUCCCUUGCAGCAGGGCAUGGAGUUUUAUGCUGAGGUUUGUGAACUGGUAAAAAAAACAAACGAGGAUGUGUGGAAUCGAGGAGGCUUCUUAGACCAUGAAGCUUCAGAGACAUUUCCCUCGCUUGAAUUAACUAUGCCAAUUCUGUUUUCUACCCCACCUUAUACCCUUCCCUCUUUUUCCUGUUCUGCCCCUUACCGCCAUCUUUUUCCAGGUGAACAUGCCUACAAGUGUUCUUGGUGCUCCUUUUCCACCAUGACAAUCAGCCAGUUGAAGGAACACUCCCUCAAGGUCCACGGAAAAGCCCUGACCCUCCCCAGGCCACGGAUUGUCAGUCUGCUCUCCUCACACGCUCACCACUCCUCCCAGAAAACUACCCCAGCCGAAGAAGUGGAAGACUCUAAUGACUCCUCCUACUCAGAACCUCCAGAUGUUCAGCAGCAGUUGAACCACUAUCAGUCGGCCGCGCUGGCGAGGAACAACAGCCGAGUCAGCCCCGUGCCCCUCUCCGGGGCCGCUGGGGGUGCCGAGCAGAAAACCGAGGCUGUUCUGCACUGCGAAUUCUGUGAAUUCUCCUCUGGCUACAUCCAGAGCAUCAGACGCCAUUACAGGGACAAGCAUGGCGGGAAGAAGCUCUUCAAGUGCAAAGACUGCUCCUUUUACACAGGCUUUAAAUCUGCUUUUACUAUGCACGUGGAAGCCGGGCAUUCGGCGGUUCCCGAGGAGGGCCCCAAAGAUCUUCGCUGUCCUCUCUGCCUCUAUCACACCAAAUACAAACGCAACAUGAUUGACCACAUCGUGCUGCACCGAGAAGAGCGAGUUGUCCCCAUCGAAGUGUGCCGUUCCAAACUGUCCAAAUACUUGCAGGGAGUAGUUUUCCGCUGCGAUAAGUGUACCUUCACCUGCUCCAGUGACGAGAGCCUCCAGCAGCACAUAGAAAAGCACAAUGAACUAAAACCUUACAAAUGCCAGCUCUGCUAUUACGAAGCCAAGCACACGGAGGAACUGGACAGCCACCUUCGGGACGAGCAUAAGGUGAGCCGUAAUUUUGAGCUGGUUGGACGGGUUAACUUGGAUCAGCUGGAACAGAUGAAGGAAAAGAUGGAGAGCUCCAGCAGUGAGGACGAGGACAAGGAAGAAGAAAUGAACAGCAAGGCUGAUGACAGAGAUCUGAUGAGAUUUUCUGACCGUGGCACUGCUAUUAACACCGAGAAGCGUUUUCCAUGUGAAUUUUGUGGACGGGCGUUUUCACAGGGCUCUGAGUGGGAAAGGCACGUGCUGAGACACGGCAUGGCAUUGAAUGACACCAAGCAGGUGAGCAGAGAAGAAAUCCACCUGAAAGAGAGUGUGGAGGACAGUAUUAAGAUGCCCUCUAUAGAGGAAAAGGAAGAUGACGAGGCAAUCGGGAUAGACUUUUCCCUAAAGAAUGAAACAGUAGCCAUCUGUGUAGUAGCUGCUGACAAAUCUCUCCUGGAGAAUGCAGAGGCCAAAAAUGAAUAAGCGUUUGGUGAAAUUCUUAAUCAAACCGUACUUGAACCGUGAUGAGAAAGUGGGAGGGCCAGCUUGGGCUGAGAAGGGGGAGGGGGGGAACAGAAAAGAAGACAGAACAAAGCUGCUUUUUAGGACUGAACAAUCUAUUUUCAAAGCACUGGUACCUGUGUGAGUGAGUAUGUAAAUUAAAGUUAUUUAAAUGGUUGGAAUAUGUGGCUCCUUUUCCAUCACUACACCUUUCCUUCCGGAUCUUCAUCAUGGAAGCGUCAUUUGUUGUGGAAUAUGGAAGCACCUCCCGUGCGCACGGUGUGCUCCGUGGCGGUCUUUGGACAGGAUGCGGAAACAAGCUCCAUGACAGUAGAAGACUUCUCUUAGGGGAACAACUUUUUGACGCACAUCUUUUGGUGCGUUUUUCUAGUUUUAAUACCUUAAGCUUUUUCAAGACCUAACUGCAGCCGCUUUGGGAAAAAACAAACAAACAAACAAAAACCACAAAAAAAAAAAAACAAAAACAGAAAACAAAAAACUGCUUUGCAUAAAACAGUCACCUGUUUCCUAGUACCUCAAACUUAACCAAGGGAAUUCUCUGCAUUUGUCAGUACUACCUGUCGUCGUCGUGGUUAAAUGUAGAGAGAACUGCUGGGCAAGACGGUGAAUGGAUUAAAAAAAAAAAAAAAGAGUUUUAAAGAAAGGAACACAAAUUGUGCUUAAAAUCCCCACGUGGGUUUUAUUUCUUAAAAUACUGUGAUUUUUUUAAUUAUUUUAGUAAAAAACAAAACAAAAAAAAAGAAACAGACUUUAAUUAUUAGAUAACUGUUUGUGAAUUGUCAUCCUUUAUUCCAGGUAAGCUGUUUAUUAGCGUUCAACUAUAAUUUAGAAUUUGGUAGAUUCAUGUGAGCUAAUUUUACGGUGACUGUGGAUUUUUGUUUGCCAUAUGUUUAUUUUCUAUCAAUUUGAGUGUUACAAACACAGCACAAUUCAGUUUUCACAUAAAUUGUUUUUUGUGUGCGUGUUGUUAUUAUUGUUUUAAUUUGGGGGGCAAGGGAGAUUGAGUUUUUUUGUGAAUAGGAAUGUUUUUAUUUUAAACAUGGAAAUAACAAAGAAGUUAACUUUUUUUUCUUAAUUUAACUAAAGAACCAAACUUUUUGGCACAGCUAUGCAGCUUGUGGGCCAGACGAGGAAGUCCUCUUCACCCUUUUGUUGCUUGUCAAAUUAACACGUUAUCCGUCUCACACAAAUAAUUUGUAGGAUGGGCUGGCUUUUGUGUGUGAUUUUAAAAUGUGUGUUCUGUUUUUGUUUGCAUUGUGUUUGGGGGAGGGUUUUUCAUUUAUUUUGCGGAACAAGGGGAUGUGCUAGAAUCCCAUCCCUUUGGUGAGAGUGGACAAGAAAUACUUAUAUCCUACAAGGAGCCUGGAGAACUUUUUUUUUUUUUUUUUUUUAAACUCUAGCUACCAGCUGCUCUGUUUCCCCAUAUUAGCUUUUUCAGGAGGGAGCAGCUUAGACUAAAUCUAAGUCUACAUUUAUAAUAUGUUCUGAUUGUGAACAAAGGGUUCCAUUCCAAAAAAGUAGAACUUUCCUUGAAGCCUAGAUUAUAGAGAAGCCUGUGUGUGUGUGCACUUGGAUGCGUGUGUGCUCGUGUGCGUGUGUGUGAGUCCUUUGGUUUUCAUGUUUUGUUUUGUUUUGUUUCUUACUUGGAAGGGUUGCGGGAGGGGGAGGGAAGAAAGGGACAGGGAAUUGCUGAGAUGACAGUGUCCCACACAGCUUCAAAUAAAAUCCAUGGAAAGAUAGUGCAUUUGUGGAAUAAGUGCUUACUUGAAAAGCAUGUUCUUCUUUUAUUUUCUUGCUGUUAAGAAAUUUUAUUUGUAGGGAGUUUAAUUUAAUUUUUUUUUUUUUUAGGGAUGGGGGCCAUCAUGUGGAAACCAGAAAAUGGGGAAAGUGUGAUCUAGACAAAGAUAACAUUUUGUGUCCAUAUUUGUUUUUAAUUGGCCUCAUUUCAAAUGUAUUAAACAGUUGCAUACCUGGAUUGGGUGUUUGUAAUGGUUACCAAAAAAAAAAAA